ACCAAAAAAAAAAUUGCUUCUUCCCGUGCCGGAGGACAUCGCGAGGUCGAGAACCUGGACGAUCCGGUGCACCACGAGCACAUCCGGGCGGCGCUGGCCACGGACCAUGCUGGGCGUGAGUACAAACUUGUGCGGGCUACCACGCAGGUCGUGGCCGGAUCGCUGCACACGUACUACAUUCGCUUUGACGGGGAUGGCGAGGGAGAUCUGUACAAGAUUACCGCCUGGAGUCGGCCGUGGCUGAAGGAACCGACCGAGGCGCUACAGGUGACCUUCGUCGGGAAGCAUGUCGAGAAGGAGUGAGCUUUUGUGUGUGAUAUGUUUUUAUCUGUUUGUUAAAUAAAGAUUUUU